AUGGUUAUCAUUGACCCAAGCAGCCGCCGAUUGCGUCAACAGAGUGAUCCGUCCCGGGCUUCUGCACCCGCUCCGACUCAAAGAGCCGACGCCUCGAGAAAUCCGCUACGACGUCGCGAUCCGACGCUUGUGGCCGCCCAUCGCGUGUACGAUCCAGUAUCUGGUCUCGUGUGUGCAUUGGUGGAAGACUGUGUGGCCUGUUCCGAGACGGAAAAGGAGGAACAUUAUUGUCGCGAAACUGGAUACCGCCAGGAGCUCAAGUGUCCUCGCCCUUGGAAUGCCACGUCCCCGUCGCUCUAUAAAAGCCUCGAAGAUGAAGGGCAGACGCGAUUCCAGCCGUGUCGACUCACUGAAAUACAAGUUCAUGGCAUGGAAGUGCUUCAAUUUGAGGCCGUGAUGAUUGCACUACUUGUUGUGUCGGUACUGUUGCUGCGGCGGGAGCGCAGAAACCACUUGACCUCAUCUAAUACGGUGUAG